UAGAGUUAGAAGUGGAAUGGAGAAAGAGAAGAGAAGCUCCUUCCUUACAUUGAUUUGUGUGACGAAAUUCUAAGCAACAAACUCUCUGUCACAUAAAUCUUUCACUCUUUCGUACGUUUUUCUUCUUCAACCUUCAAAACCUUCUCUAGAUCCCCUUUUUAGAUCAUACAUAAAUUUCAUCAUUAUGCUUCAAAAAUGUUUAAGCAACAAAGAUCUUAACUUUGCCUCUCGCUGUGUUCUUUCAUCUUCCUCCGACAAGGUGCUAGAUUUCUAGGAAAAUCAAAUGCAUCGUGCUUCAUUUUCUCUUACACCUAAGAAUCAAGUAAAGGACCAAACAGGUUCAAGUUUGCCCAAUAAUCAACAUAGAAGUCUUCCAGAUCCCAUAUAUGUUUCUUCUUCAGAUGAUGAAAAUAACCUCUCUAAUGAUGACGCAUCUAAGCAGCUAGUGCUUUAUGACCCUGAGACAAAUGUAGACAAUGCAAAUCAACUUACCCCUGAUCCUAUUCAGUGUAGACCUCCACGUCCGCGAAGCAGACCUCCAGGCUCAGCUCCUAGAGUUUUGCCAGCAGUUGGUGCUUUCACUGUUCAAUGUGCUAACUGUUUUAAAUGGAGGUUGAUUCCAACCAAGGAAAAAUAUGAAGAAAUUCGUGAAUAUAUCCUUCAAGAACCCUUUGUCUGUGACAAAGCUCGUGAGUGGCGACCUGAUGUAUCCUGUGAUGAUCCAGAGGAUAUCUCUCAGGAUGGCAGUAGGAUUUGGGCUAUUGAUAAGCCAAGCAUUGCACAACCUCCAGAUGGAUGGCAGCGACUGCUACGAAUCAGAGGUGAAGGAAGCAGCAAAUUCGCAGACAUAUACUAUGAAGCACCAUCCGGAAAGAAACUGCGCUCAAUGGUCGAGGUCCACAAAUUCUUGGCGGAACAUCCUGAGUACAUGACAGCUGGUGUAACUCCUGCACGGUUCUCAUUCCAAAUUCCUAAGCCAUUGCAAGAAAACUAUGUGAGGAAGCGCUCUCAUGCUAAAUCUAUUGAACCUGAGCAAGUGAGUCCUUUAGCUUGGGUAGGUCCAGAAGAUGGUAAUUCGAAUGAGGAAACACUGGGGCUUCCUGAUCCACGCAUGGAAUCACAUGUUUCUGACCCUGCUAGCCGUCCUGCAAAGAAGCAAGCAACUGAGAGUUCCCUAUAUAAAGAUGCAGUUUAGUAAGAACAUUCGUUCAUAUGUUAAAGCAGAAGGAAGGACCUGAUCAGAUCUCUUAAUCCCCUUUUUUUGCGUUACUUUUGGGUGUAAUAUUGCAUCUCACUCUGUAAUGUCUUGCAAAUAGAGAAAUGUAUGAUUUUUUGGAUUAGUUAACCAAGUGUUGAAAAUGAACUACUACAAUGGAUGGAAGGUAUAGCUUGGCAUGUAUUUUGAGGUAUGAACUGAGCAUGCCAAAAACAAUGUGUAUAAUGAUAUAUUAUCAGUUUGGGUUUAAAAGUAUUUAUCCUA